CUAAUAAACAAAAACUAUGGACAUAGUAGUAAUUGAUAAUAAAAAGUGAAGAAGUUGUAGCUACGUCAAAAUGCUGGCUGAUGAUGAUUCUCAUCACAAAUACAACAGUGGCACUCUGGACGAUACAUUCAGUCUGUUCGAUGAUAAAAGAUUGGUGUCUAUAUUGAAACACGGUAACAAUCAAAGUUUAAAGAUCAGCGAGCUGCUCCGGACUUUAGAGGACUGGAGGAACAGAUAUAAUAUUACUGUGAUCAAAGAGUGCGAUCGAUCAGACUACUGUUCUGGUGAAUUCCGUGACGUCAUCCUCGGGUACAACGCUGUACAUGGUUACGUCAGUUUAUUGAUUUGUCUUUUCGGUAGUUUGGCGAACAUUUUCAAUGUAGCUGUGCUGACUCGGCGAGACCUUGCCGCAGCUCCCAUAAACCGACUAUUGAAGUGGCUAGCUGUUGCUGAUGUUUUCGUCAUGAUGGAAUAUGUGCCCUUCUCCAUUUACAGAUACAUGUUGUUACCGCGGCAAGAGGAGCGGCCAUACGCAUGGGCUGUGUACAUGCUCUUUCACAUGCACUUCACACAGCUGUUCCACACGGCUUCCAUCCUACUGACGUUAUCUCUGGCUAUCUGGCGGUAUAUAGCUAUCAAAUACCCAUCGUACGGUCCGUCGCUGUGCACUGAUCGACGCUGCUCGCUGGCAAUCUUCUUGAGCUUUCUACUACCGCCUAUUUUAUGCAUACCUUCAUAUUUUGUAUUCACAAUACACGAAGAGGUAUCAUUUGACAAAACCGCAAGCAAAGUUGCAUCGAAAGUUUACUACGUUGAUUCUAAUUACGAAGGAGUAUUAUAUCAAUUAAACUUUUGGGUGCAUGCGGUCUUUAUAAAACUGUUACCGUGCGUUAUACUGACCAUCAUCAGUGCAUGGCUAAUACGAGUGUUGUACCGAGCUAAUAGUAGGAAGAAAAUGCUCAAAGGUUACAAUGCAUGUCCCGCCAGUAGUGUGGUGGUUACAAACGGUAAUGUCUUCACCAGAAAACUGACAAAGCGAUCCAAAGCUGAAAAGAGAACGGAUCGUACUACCAAAAUGUUAGUAGCUGUGCUACUUCUUUUUCUAUUGACAGAAUUUCCUCAAGGUAUUCUUGGUUUGAUGAGUGGUGCGCUGGGUCGUUGCUUCUUCAAGCGAUGCUACGAUCUGUUCGGGGAAUUGAUGGACGCGUUGGCGCUAUUGAACGGGGCCAUCAACUUUAUAUUGUAUUGCUCUAUGUCACGUCAGUUCCGGACAACAUUCGGCCAGCUCGUAAGGAACCGUUGUACAGCAACACCACGUGCGAGCUCACAUACCGAACUUCAAACUACAUACGUGUGAACAGAGAGUCUACUAAUACCAUUAAUUAAAAAAGAAAGAAAUCCGAGAAAUUCUAAUCUAAUGAUGGAUAUUUUUUAUUAGGCGAUUCUAAGUUAAAUUAUAUAGGAAU